CACCCGAAUCCCAUUGAGCCAAAAGCCUCGCCUCGCCCAGCUCGAGUCCAGCGACCUCACUGGUAUGACGAUAGCGUCGUCAUCGGGGGGGGCGGCUGCUGGCGGCGGCGGCGGCGGCGGGGAGGGGGCGUCGCUGGCGUCGGCGUCGUGCGUGGACGGGGGAAGGCGGCGGGUGAGCUACUUCUACGAGCCGACCAUCGGGGACUACUACUACGGGCAGGGGCACCCGAUGAAGCCCCACCGUAUCCGCAUGGCCCACAACCUCGUCGUCCACUACGCCCUCCACCGCCUCAUGGAGGUCUCCCGCCCUUUCCCCGCCUCCGCCGCCGACAUCCGCCGCUUCCAUUCCGACGACUACGUCGACUUCCUCGCCUCCGUGUCCCCCGCCACCGCCGCCCUCGCCUCCGCCCAGGCCCAGCCCUUGUCCGACCCCGCCUCUGCCUCCGCCUCCUCCCGCCAACUCAAGCGCUUCAACGUCGGAGAGGACUGCCCCGUCUUCGAUGGCCUCUUCGAGUUCUGUCAGGCCUCCGCCGGCGGCUCCAUCGGGGCCGCCGUCAAGAUCAACCGCGGCGACGCCGACAUCGCCAUCAAUUGGGCCGGCGGCCUCCACCAUGCCAAGAAGUGCGAGGCUUCUGGCUUCUGCUACGUCAACGACAUCGUCCUCGGCAUCCUCGAGCUCCUCAAGUACCACAGGCGUGUUCUCUAUGUGGACAUUGAUAUCCAUCAUGGAGAUGGUGUUGAAGAGGCAUUUUUCACGACUGACAGAGUCAUGACUGUGUCCUUCCACAAAUAUGGGGACUUCUUUCCUGGAACUGGCCAUAUAAAGGACGUCGGAUUUGGGCAAGGAAAGUACUAUGCUCUAAAUGUUCCUCUAAAUGAUGGGAUGGAUGAUGAGAGUUUUCGGGGGCUUUUUAGGCCUAUCAUCCAAAAGGUGAUGGCAGUUUAUCAGCCUGAUGCUGUUGUUCUCCAGUGUGGUGCUGAUUCUUUGGCGGGAGACAGACUAGGUUGCUUUAACUUGUCUGUGAAGGGGCAUGCAGAUUGUCUACGAUACCUUAGAUCCUUCAAUGUACCAAUGUUGGUUCUGGGAGGUGGAGGCUAUACAAUGCGCAAUGUUGCUCGCUGCUGGUGCUAUGAGACAGCAGUUGCAAUUGGAGUGGAACCUGACAAUCAGUUGCCUUACAAUGAAUACUACGAGUAUUUUGGUCCUGACUAUGAUCUUCAUAUUCGACCAAGAAGCAUGGAGAAUAAAAAUUCACCAAAGGAACUGGAGGACAUUAGGAAUAUGUUAAUGGAUUACCUUUCGAAAAUUGAACAUGCUCCUAGUGUGCAGUUCCAGUCAAGACCACCUGAUACAGAAGCUCCUGAGGAGGAAGAUGAGGAUAUGGAGCACAGGAUGCAACCAAAACUAUGGAGUGGCGAGUAUUAUGAUUCUGACUCUGAGGAGUGCCCGAAGCCUGAACCUGAAAGUGUACCAUGAUCAAUUAACCGUCAACAGACUCUACUGUUUAGGAUGUCAUAAAUUAUGUAGCAGAUGAGUUGACCAAGCACCUCAAAAUUAGUGUUCUAUGUCGAUUUUUAUCGAGCAAGUACGUCAUCUUAUUUGACAUUAAUGCUCAUCGCCGUCGUUAGAGCCAGAAUGCCUUCCUUGGGGGUUAAAAUCAGAGUGAGAAACAAGCUUGUUGUUGCUCAAAAUGGGAUACCAUCAAGCUCAUUGUUGAUUAGUGAGGAAUGUUAUGAACACAAAGAUGUGUAUUCAUUUGCGCCAACUUUUCUUCUUUGAGAUAGUAGAACUCUGUCAAGAUUUACUCUGAGAACUGUAGCUUCUUGUUAUGUUCCCAAAUGUGUUCGAUGAGGAAUGUUGUUUUGAUGAGGAUAUUUUAGAUUAUUGGAAUUAGGGAUGUUGAUUUCGGAUA